AAAAACAAUUAUAUAAAGAAGUUGCACAAUUUUUAGUUGAUUGUAUUUCCAAGGCUGAUCGUUUUUCAUGGACCUAUCAUAAAUAUGAACAGUUGAAUAAUUCAGUUGCAUUUAUUUACUAUUGCAAUAGUCGAGAUGAAUUAAAAAAUAAGAAACCACGAACUAAUCAACGUGAUACUACAAUUAGAAUUCAGCGUCAUGACUGUGGAGGCACUAUUCGAAUUAAUAUUGAUCAAUUAAAUAAUUUAGUUGUAGUUAAUAUUUAUCAUUUUCUUCAUUCACCACCUGAAGCAAAGAAUGUUACUAUACAAAUUU